CUUGGUCUUUAAGAAAGAUUUCAAAAACAAAAGAGAGGAGCUCACCAAAAAACUAUUUACUUUGUACAAUAGGGAAGUCUUUGACAACAAGCUACCUGAGGAGAUGCUGAUCCAGUGGAGUGCCCGGAUGACUAGCACCAGCGGCUAUUGCUACAAUAAGCGGGUGUAUAGCAACAAUCAGGUUUUCCGUUCUUCCAGAAUUGUGCUGUCCACUAAGAUACUAGACAGAGCAGACCGGCUGAGGGACACACUGAUCCAUGAGCUGUGUCAUGCAGCAACGUGGAUUGUCGACGCUACAUCAGACGGACACGGUCCCAAAUGGAGAGCAUGGGCAGACAAGGCCAACUGCAGGUUCCCGGAAUUACCUGUAAUUAAGCGUUGCCAUGACUACGCCAUCACUACCAAGUUCACUUACAAGUGUAUGUCUUGUGGAUACUGUAUUGGCAGACACUCCAAGUCGCUGGACACAGACCGCAAACGUUGUGGCUACUGCUAUGGCAAGUUCCAAGUAUUCGUGACGGCUAAGAUGUCAACUGCCAGUGCCACCAGUGGUUCCGACUCUGUCAGGACGCAGCGCAACCCCACCGGCUUUGCACUCUUUGUCAAGGACAAUUAUGCAGCCAUCAAGAAACAGCACAAUGUUCCACACGGCCAAGUUAUGAAACUUCUGAGCCAAAAGUUUGCAGAAGUAAAAAUUAACAAACAGAGUACAGAUGAGCAACCAUCAUAGUUGCUAUUUUUGUCGCAUUAAUUUAAAAUUUGACUUACUUUAGGUUUGUAAAGUAUAGGGUAAUUAUUAAGAAUGUACAGUCAUAUAAAAUGUUCUGUAAUUCAUAAAGACAACUGUGAUGUAACAUCACUUUUUAGAUUAUUUGUAUAUUUCAAAUUUAUUUGAUAAUUAAAGCUUAGUUUUAGAGUGUU